GUAGCUAUUCAGAGAGAAAGACGAACGACCGAGCGAGAGAGAGAGAGAGGCGGAGAAGCUAGGAGACGCUACGGACAAACCGGUAAAGGGAUUGCGGCUCUCAAACUCACGAUAAACACGGAGUCCUGAGGCUCGUUUCGAGGAAACAGAGGGAGCUGUGAUCGAAAAAAGGAAGGGGACGGCUAACUUUGACAGACCUGUACUGGCCUCCAGCAGCGGACGCAAGCCCGGGUUUAGUUUUUGAGUGACGCCAACAAAAACAGUGAUCUGAGGGAGCCUCCUCGUCGUCGCCGCACCGGAUUGUCACCCCUCCUUUGCCGCCGCCGCCACUCGACCUGCCACCAUGACGUCGGAGCUGGAGAGCAGCUUGACCUCCAUGGACUGGCUGCCGCAGCUGACCAUGCGGGCGGCCAUUCAGAAAUCGGAUGCCCAGAACGUUCACGGGCCGGGCAUGGCUAAGAAGAGCGCCCUGCUGGACCCCAACACCACACUGGACCAGGAGGAGGUGCAGCAGCACAAGGAUGGCAAACCACCAUACAGCUACGCCAGCCUCAUCACGUUUGCCAUAAACAGCUCGCCAAAGAAGAAAAUGACACUGAGCGAGAUCUACCAGUGGAUCUGUGACAAUUUUCCCUAUUACAGGGAAGCCGGCAGCGGGUGGAAGAACUCAAUACGGCACAAUCUCUCGUUGAACAAGUGUUUUCUAAAAGUGCCACGCUCCAAAGAUGACCCAGGAAAGGGUUCGUACUGGGCAAUCGACACAAAUCCAAAGGAGGACACGCUGCCCACACGACCCAAGAAGAGGCCACGGUCUGGAGAGCGGGCGUCCACGCCGUACAGCCUGGAGUCGGAUAACUUGGGAAUGGACUGCAUCAUCUCUGGAAGUGCCUCUCCAACCCUGGCAAUCAACACUGUGACUAACAAGGUGGCAUUGUACAACCCUGACCAGGACGGGAGUGACAGCCCUCGAAGCAGCCUUAACAAUAGCCUCUCUGACCAGAGCCUGGCCUCUGUUAAUCUCAACAGCGUGGGCAGCGUGCACAGCUACACACCAGUGACGAGUCAUCCAGAGUCUGUGUCCCAGUCCAUGAGCUUACAGCAGGCCCCUCAGGCCCAGUACAGCAUACCGGAACGUGACAAGCAGCUGCUCUUCUCUGACUUCGAAGAUCUCAGUGCCUCCUUCCGCAGCCUUUACAAGACUGUGUUCGAGCAGUCCUACAACCCACAGGGUCUGAUGGGUAUGCCCUCGGAGUCGUCCCAGCAGACCCACACCUCCUGCUCUUACCAACACUCCCCCAGCAGCACCAUCAGCACCCACCCUCACAACAACCAGAACAGCAUCACUAACUCUCACCCCAACAACGGUAGCCAGGUGCCUCUCUCCCACCCCCCUCACUCGGCCCACAACUCGCCCCACGGACAGCACCUCUCCCAGCAUGGCCCUCACACCCAGCACAGCCAGCACCCACACACAGCGCUGAGCCAGCACAGCCAACACCCCCAGCACAGCCAACACAGCCAGCAUGGGCAGCAUCCCUCCCAGCACCAGGCCCACGGCCAGCACACGCCGCAGCAGCAGCAGCACCAGAAUCUGUCCCACCAGCCUCAUCCUGCCCAGCAACAGAUGCAGUGCAACACCGGUCUUCCCAGUGACUGGUACCCCAACCUGGAUGCGCUAAAAGAAAGCUGCCGCAUCGCCAGCAGCUACAACUGGGCUGAUGUUGAUCUGUCACCCUUCCAAGGUUUGAAAGAGAGCAUGAGGCAGGCAGAGCUGAAUAACUGGUCUCUCGAGCCCACUCAGAUUGCAGACCUCUGCUCCUCAAUCAAUCAGUUCUUUGCUCGCACUGGAAUCCAGCCACAAGGAGCAGUGCAACCUCCAGUGUGCCAUGGCUCCAUGCAUCCGAAACCCAACACACACAUCAACACAGUGUGUUUUUCAGGAAACAUGUACAUGGACUCGAGACAGAGCUUGAGUUCAAUGAUGGGUCCACCAGGAUAUCCUCAUAUGCCUCCCAUGAGCAGCGCUGGCCCCACUAUGACAGGUCAUCACACUCAAAUGAACCAGCAGCAUAUGAUGCCUGCUGGGAACUUCCAGAUACGCCGCAUGCCUGCCGAUGACAUCCAGGACGACUUUGACUGGGACUCCAUCGUCUAACCCAGUCCCUGAGAGCGAAGAGUGGUGCAGACACAAUGAGAACGGAGCGUAUGGAGUCAGUGUGUUAUUGUUACAGAGCAAGAGGGCUGGACCUGAGGUGUCUGCAUGCCCACGACAGAAGGCAGAUUGGAAUGGGACACUUGAAAAAUAGUGCAGGUGUUGUUCAUAAUGAGCUGAAAGAAACUCCUGUGUUCCUGGUGUUUUUAUGAAACAAAAACAAACAAAAAAAAAAGAUAUUACUUUGAAGACAAUCACAUUUACUAGGACAUGUUUAAGUGAUCGCUUUUAUACUUGUCCAAGAGGCAAGUGGUUUGUUAAGUCAAAUGUCUCCCGACCCACAGCCUCUCUGCAAACUUGCCAAGCUCGCCCCUGCUCUUCAACUGUUGUUCUGUGAUUUUUCGAGUGAUUGCAUCCGGCUUGUUCUCCCCUCUCAUGGUGAUAAACUCAGGCCUCGACUGCCUAUCAGACAAGAUUGGCUCCCUCAUUUAUGUUGUGAAACUUCAUCUGAGAUGCAGGGCACUUUUUCAGAAGAGGGCCGAUGGUGCAGGUAAUGUGACACUCGAAGCACCUGCCGUUGUUCAGGCACAAGUAGCCCUUUUUGUUUUCUCUCCUCUGACCCUACACACUGUAAAAUGCAGACAUCGCCAUGCAUCCAAAUCCAGCAGAUUUUACUGAUUGUUAAGGCUCAUAAUGAAACAUGUAAGCCACAUUACCUGCAGUAUUUGUACUUGUGUAUCUUUGCUGUCUGAAGUGUGUCAUGUUUUUGUCACUAAUAGUUUUAGGCUAGUCUGAACGUGUGUGUGUGUCAGAAAAUGAUCUCGAUCCAGACCUCACUAUCGAUAUCCUCACUGCUUUAUUUUUGCAUGUACAAUCCUCGUUCUGUUGACCAUCACCCGUCAACCUGUAGUCUCCCGAUAGGACUGCGUUGCUUUUUGAGUUUGUUUAAAGCCCUCAGGACCUGCCACAGAAGAUUUCACGCAUUGUUUAGGAGCAAUCACUUCCCUGACUGGAGAUUUAUGGAAUACCGGAGAGCCCUGUUCACGUUGCGAAAAUCAGCCUGCUGUGUGGCUCUUUACAGCAGUGUUGAGAAGGAGAUGAAAAUCACGUCAAGGCACAUUUGCUUAAUGGUCCGCAAUAAAAGAGCCCUCUUUAUUUUAACCCUAGGACCAACUGACAUGAAAUCGCUUGCUCUUUGCUGCACUGACAAGAACAUUUUGCAGAGAGCAUACCUUCACUUUGGCUUUUGAAUGCUGUGUUUAGCGUAAUACUGAGAGAAAGGAGAUCACUAAAGUACUUUGAUACACUAAUAGCCUUAUUUUGGAGGAAUGUGAACUGCUGCGUUUGAAAUUCUACUACUAAGAAGUUGUGCAAAGUUUAAAAUCACACACGUUCAGACCAUCCUUCAAAAAAAAACUAAACAAGAAAAACAUCUACUUGGAUGCUGGAACUAAACAGUAGCUGCAUCCUGCUCGAUCAAGUGUAGCGCCCUUAAGCAGCUGUAAUUAGCAUACUACAGUCUUUAUUUUAAGACUUUUAGUUGAAAGUAUCUGCUUACUUUACAAACCAGUCUCAUUUUAUCAUAUCAGUGAUAUUAUGGAUAUUUGUGUGCAAUAUAAUUAAUUUAGGGCUAUUAAUGAUUACAAUCAUCUCUCUUAAAGAGCACAAAACUGAUGCACAAGAUGUGGACAAGAAUAGCGGAACCCAAAUUAGAAAUAUGUCCGGUCUUUGACCUUCAGCAGGGUAUUUCUCAGUUAGAAGCAGCACUUCGAUUAGACCAAAUUUUAGAGUGCAGGGCUGGUUUAGAAAAGCCAUAAAAUGCAGUUGAAAAGGGAAGGAGUGGAUCUCAUAGCUUGAAGGUUUAUGCACACCUUUGUCUUCGGUAGUUUUCAGUCGUCUUUAUGGGCUUUGUUUUGUUAUUCAUCAGAGUGUAAGUGCUAAUAGACUUGGAAAAGUGAACUGAUCUUAUGACAAUCUUUUUAUUUUAAAUGUAUCACAGUAUUCUAAACUCUCAAAGUAUUUACACUAGUCAUUGAGAUGCAUUGGCCUUUAUCUCUAAGGCCCUUAAUAUUAAUGGAACAGUUUAUCAUAUGUCCUUCAUAAAAACACAUAUUUAAACCUCACAGUUAGAAAGAAAAAGAAAUGAUGGAUUACAUAAAAAAAAUUAUAAAUUAGGAGAAUUAAUACUUGGAGUUUUGAAAUCAAUAAUCAUGAAACAGUAUUGUUUAUUAUAAUGGCACAUAAGUACAUCUUCCUUCCAAAAUUCCCAUUACUGUAAUCUGUUCAGAAAUUUAACUUUCUUUUUCUUUUAGUAAUUCCCAUUAUUCUCAACAAUGAUUCAUUAGAUGUUUCCUCAUUACUGUUAAACAGUAUUUGUUUGAAUAAUUACAUUUACCUUAAAGGUUGUAGAAAAAGUGUAAUUUAGCUUUUUUUUCCCCUACUAGUAAUGAUAUUUUUACAGUCUUUACAUUAUAAUAUAAAACGAUUUACAAUUUUUUUGAAUUGGGGUCAAAUAUGACCGUUUCUGAGAGAUUCACCCUAAAAGGUUUGUAAUGGUUGAGGAACCCAGUCAAACUUUCUUCAUGUUCAUGACAUUUCAGCCGGAGUCCUGUCCGCGAUCAGCUAUGUAGUUUGUUACAUAUCCAUGUACAUAUCCAACUGUCAGAUUCUCUGAUGCUAAUAGGGUUUAAAUUGGCAAAACCAUAUUACUGAAGCCUGACGUAACCUAGAAAUCCACUUAAAUUGCCCACGAUGCUGAUUUUGUGAGUCUGCUCACAUUGCCUGAUUCUACAAGGAAGGGAAGAACAGUGACAGAACCGUUAUCCACUUUACCCCAGACAGACUGUUCAGCGUCUGUGUUUUUUGUUUGACUGUUACGCUGUGCACUUUGUUCUUAAGCUAAGCUUCAUUGCCCAAAUCUGCUUUGGCUCCCUGCAUCCUGUUCUUGCUCUUUUCUUUCCAUCUCAUGUUUUUGUUUGGAUACUGUUGAAGUGUUCUCAAGCCUUGUUCGCCCAGCCUCAGUGUUUGUCAUACAAAGAGCUUUGAGGGCUUUUAUCUGAUCAUUUGUACACUUGGAAAAGAAUUCAAAAGCACAAACGCUUACGUCCUUCAUUUACUCAAGCAGGAUCUCACCUUGUUCGCUCGCUGCAAAGUGAACAUCUGGCAUCGAUCCACCCUCGGUGUGAACUUUAACACCAUACUGUGGGGUUCACCCUCGAUCAUGGUUUGUCUGGAUGUCGACCGCAGAAGGAGGGUCAGUUUUCGGUUGGAAAUAUUUCGUAUGUAUUGCCAAUCUGUGUUUGGUAGUGAUGUAUUUGGAUCUCUUGUUUGCCAAAGAGAGAAAGUUUAAUUUUGCAACAUUUAAGGCAGCAGGUAAUUGGCGUCCUUCCCAGGUGAAGAGUAACUUAACUCUGAAGGAUCGGACUGAACGGAAAGCGUAAAGGGAGCGCUAGAGAAUAUGAGCUGGACAGUUGAUGAGUUCUCUCUCUCUCUUCCUCUUUUUCUCAAAAAAGAAAAAGGAAAAACAUUGCUCCUUUGAUUUUGUGUUUGUGUUGUGUGAAAGUUUUAACUGUUUAAAGACAACUCAGUUUUCGUAAAACAAAAGAAAAAAAGAACUAAAAACAAGUGGGGAUGCGUCUGCCAGAGAGAUUACUGUAAUCAAGGAAGAAGCCUUGUUACAUUUAUGGGAGAAAACUGCCAACAAGUUCUGGUAUUUGGAGCCUAUUUUAAUCAUUGUUGGUGUGUCAUUGUGCUUAUUGUAAAUAUAUGUCUUUUCGAUUGUCCUUUUUUCCUCUGGGGUGGUGAGGGAUCAAGGCAAGGGCUCGGGUUCACCUGCGAAAGAAAAGAGGGAGAUGAAUACAGAGUAUUUUGUUAUUGUCCAAUCCAAGGGUGACACCGUAUGUAUAUAUCUAUAUUGUAUAUAUGUGAUGAAAAUGCGUUGGCUUUUUGUGUGACUACCUUUUACCUGUACUAUGGUUCAACAUUCAGUGUUUCAGUGUUUAGAUUCUAUUUUAAUCUUUGUUUUCUGUUUGAUUUUGUCCUGGUCAUUACUUGUAUUUGUUGUUUCCUUUAUUUUCCCCUUUUUGUCCAUUUUGUUAUUGCACGGUUUAUUACUUUUGCUGUCCAAUAAGAUGACACGGCUUCUCUUUGUAUUGGUUUUAGUGCUGUAAAAUAACUCUGAAGUGUCAUUAGGAUUGUCAAAACCACCCCUUCCCCCGAUAUGCAUGAAUGGCACUUAAAGAAAUAAAAUAUGUUAACUUCACUGUGGAA